AUGCCCCGCAAGCACAUAUAUCGCAGCGAUCUCUUCAGUUCGGAGCAGCUCGCUUCGAGGGAUGUGCUUGACUCUGCAUUGGAGGAGCUGAAAAGCCUCCUCACAAAGGAUAAUUUCAAGCAUGUUUUCCAGGAGCUAAUCGACAACGAGACCUCUCGUAUUCUUCUCUUGGUCUUGUCAUGCUCUUACAUCUUCACAGCCCUAAGUGAGACUACACCGUUGAUUUCGUGGUUGCUGGAGUCCUUUCCCUCCGAAGCUGCGACUUAUGAUGGGACGGUCCACUACAGAGCUAUAUCUUGUCUCUCUACGGAGCUUCUUUCCUCCUCUUUUGUUGAAGACAGAGAAUUAUGUACCCGAUACCACGAACUAGCUCAGAUCACGCCCGAGGUUUUGAAAUACCUCGUCUCUGUCCUCCAUCCCAUCGAUACCGGAUCGGAGUAUCAUAACAGGAAGGGAAAGGCCAAACAGUCUCAGAGGAGGCCCCAGCAAGUCAAGCGAGAAGACGGCGCCACAACUUUGGUCGAAAGGUAUUUCGAUAUUCUGAAUGUCGAUAUGCGUAAAACGUCGAGCGAUGCGUCUGUCCUCGCGGAUCGUGUUUUGCAAAGUCAAAAGGAUAUUCUCCAGUUCUAUUUGGAGCUGCUCAGUCAUCCGGAGGUGUCUGUAUCACUCAAGGAACGCUGUAUCACCUAUGUGUCCCCCAUAGAGCAGAAGAACGCUUCAGGGGCGUUAUACUUUGAUACUGCCGAGGGGUUUGGAGAAUGGACGGUUAUCAUAUCCACGAACGCCGACAAUUUUUUGCGGAGCGCACACAAGAAAGAUCUCUCCACGUUUAACGUCACUGUUAAGAAAAUCAAGGAGCUCUCAUGCGGUUACUUUACUGACAACAAUCAAAAGCGUUUGAGUGGAAGCGUGACUGAAGUUCCUGUCUUCAAGGCCAAAGCGUCUCGCAACCUCAGACUCGUCUAUCAGAUCGAUGUAAUCCCAGACGAUGAUAGAGAGCAGCAAGCGAUCAAAAUUUUCGGUAUCUAUACUCAUGAUCAAAUGGACAAUCGGCUCUGGAGUUCUAUCAGCACUCAGCUUCGCAAAAAGGGAAAGGAAUACCGGCAGAGAUGCGUGGUUAGGAAACGGGCAGAUCAAGCCUCGAAAGAUACUUUCAUUCCAGCCAUCUUCCCCCCGCUACCGGAAGUAUCGCCUUCGGAGAUUGAAGGCAUGCCGGAUAUACGUCCUGACGAAACAGUCCAGGUUAGCUCCACGUUUUUUAUUCCUUCGAAUCAAUCACCGACUAUUCCACUCAGACUCAUUCAAGACUUGUUGUCGAAAAAUACGUCACAUUUUCGCAGUACCCAAGAGAAACGUAUUAUAGAGCAUCCAAAGUCUUGCUAUGUCAUAGGCCGCAGCGGCACAGGGAAAACGACUACCAUGUUAUUCAAGAUGCUGCUCAUUGAGCGAACAUUUCAACUUAUGGAGUCGAAUUUACCUCGUCCUCGUCAAGUCUUUGUUACGAAAUCUAGAAUGCUCGCUAAGAAAGUGCAAGAGUACUUCGCGAAGCUGGCCGGCUCCUUAGAAAUGGCAUCACAUUCGUCUGCUGAUAUCGCCAACCUACGGAGAGCUCCUCAGUACCAAGAUGAUUUAGGGCUGAUUGAUGCGGAUGACAUUGUAGAUUGGCGGACUGAUUUACCAGCCAAGUACAGUGAACUCGAGGAGAGGCACUUCCCGCUAUUUAUCACAUUUGAUGGCCUUUGCGACAUGUUGGAAGCUGACAUGAGUACUCAAACGUUGACUGACACGAGACGUACUGGCAUCAAGCGCCAGAUGGGUAUCAUUACUUUUGAAUCCUUUUGCGAGUCCUACUGGUCUCAUUUCCCUGAACCAUUGAUUAAAGGAUUAGAUCCUGCCUUGGUAUUCAGUGAAAUUAUAGGUAACGCAUCCAUAUUUUAUAUCAAAGAGCUUGACCUAAGCAUCUGUUUAGGCGUAAUCAAGGGCUCAGCGGAGACGCUGAGCGAGAAGAAGCAUCACCUCAGCAAAGACACAUACCUUGAUCUUAGUACACGCGGGCAGUCUACAUUUGCUGACCAGAGGUGUGAAGUGUACGAACUCUUUGAGUUGUAUAUGCGCAAAAAGAAGUUGCGGGGAGAGCAUGACACUGGUGAUCGAACCCAUCGUAUCUUAAAGCAUUUCGCGGAGCACGGUAUCCCACGACAAGGACUCGACCAUUUAUAUGUCGAUGAAGUACAGGAUAACAUGCUCAUUGACACUAUGGUCUUGAGAGCGCUAUGUAACAACGCAGAUGGUCUUUUCUGGGCAGGUGAUACUGCACAGACCAUCUCUAUCGGAAGUUCUUUCCGUUUCAAUGCUUUGAAGGCAUUUCAAUGGAAUAUUGAGGACCAGUACCGGAAGAAGCACAGACCGGGAGCCAGCCGCAAGCAGCCGCCUGAGAUGUUUCAACUUGCGGUCAACUAUAGGUCUCAUGCAGGCAUUGUUGAUUGCGCGCACUCCAUCAUUGAGCUUAUCACGACGUUUUGGGCAGAUUCCAUUGACCGUCUUUCUCCAGAGAUGGGCAUUGUUGACGGGGUCAAACCUAUCUUUUUUAACAAUGAAGAUCGUGCGCAGUUGGAGCAGUUCAUCUUUCGCGAUGGUGGUGAUCCUAUUGAGUUUGGUGCUCAGCAAUGUAUCAUUGUCAGAAAUGAAAUGGCAAGAGAGAGACUCCGACAGAAAGUCGGUGAAAUUGGUCUUAUACUCACCGUAUAUGAAAGCAAAGGGCUUGAAUUCAACGAUGUCCUGCUCUAUGAUUUCUUUGCUGAUUCACCUGCCAGUCUCGCACAAUGGCGUGUUGUGAUGAAUGCCAUUAAGCAGAGCAAGCACGGUCGUCCUCCCCCCCAAUUUGACCAUAUCCGUCAUGCUAGCAUUUGUCAUGAGCUAAAAUCGCUGUACGUUGCAAUCACCCGAGCGCGUGCAAACAUCUGGAUCGCAGAUGGAUCUGAGAUGGGAGAACCCAUGAGAAUCUUUUGGACGAACAAAGAUUUAAUCAACAAUUACACUCCGGGGUCCAAUGCUCCCUGUCUUGCAUCUUCGUCGACGCCAGAAGAAUGGGCUGCAGAAGGACAUGAACUUUUCAAUGCGAAGCACUUCUCGCAGGCCAGGCAUUGUUACGAUAAGGCCAAGCUUCCUUUCCUAGCAUCUGUUGCAGACGCCUAUGAUUCGCGAGCAAAGGCUCGUAAAGUCAUUGAAGCAGCCGUUUCGUUCAAGAAAUGUGCUAGUAAGGCGCGUUCGAAAGAUUCCAUGACCUACCUCAGGAUCAGCGGCGAAUGCUUUGAACAAGCUGACCAGAAGGAUCGGGCUGCUGAAAUGUUUUUCCAGGCGAAGGAGUACACCCAUGCUGCGGAGCUAUAUAGAGACAUUGGCAAAUUUGACGAGGCGGUCGAAAUUGUGAAAGCUCAUGAAGGCGAAAUGUCGUCGAAGGUCGUCGGAACUGUCAUCAAGCUUGCGAGACUAGCAUACUUCUCUAACCGUCAGAUGACAAAAGCCCGUGAACUAUUUCAGUCAGUCGAAGAAGAAGUGGAGUAUCUGGAAGAGAGGGACCUCGAUGUCGCUCUUGCAGACUUGUUGGAGAAAGAAGGGCGACUCAGCAAAGCUGCUGAAUUGCACUAUUCCGAAGGUCGAAAAGAAGAGGCUAUUGAGCUUUUCCUCGGUCAAACCAAAAAUAAAGAUGCUUUGCGUCGAGCUCAAGAAUGCAUCCUCGAAGAGCUUUGGCAUAGAAUAUCUUUUGGUGUUGACCCUAACGUCAUAAGAUCAGAUCCCGCUGUCUUGCGGCUGAUGCACUUUGCUUCACGGCUUGACCGGACUUCUAUGGAGCAGACUAAAGCAGCUGAAUUGUCAAUGUUCAUAGCCAUUAUGCGAGACCCACCUCGGCUGCGUGAACUGGGCUUGCAAUUCCACACGAUGCGCCGUAGUUCAGCAGCCUUGCUAUGUCUGGAUCAAUAUUUUUUUCGGCCCCUUCGAAUUCAAAACAUGGCUCUUGUUGACGCAGUUCAAGAACUCAGCCUGUUUUAUACCUAUGCGGGCCUCCUUUCUGCUGCAGCGUUCCGAAUGGACCCCUGUAGAGAUGUAGCAGCUGCGGCAUUGUUUGGUUUUCGGCGGAUAGCAGAGAACGAGUUUCUUGUGGCCCAGAACACUUGGUUGCACUCGGCGGUUCUUGAACUCCAACCUAGGAACGUGAUUAGAGAUUCUGACUUCAAUCUCAGGCUGUCAGUACUCGAAUUUCAUGGGCUAUUUCGGGAAGCCCUGAGAAGGCAUCUCGAACAAAAGAUUGCCGCUGAAAAUGAUGAAUGCGCGAGAAGCAAAGCAUUCCUGCCUUGCCUGGUUUUUGCCGUAUCGGGGUCUUGUCGACGGUCUGAAUGCCCGGAAGCUCAUGUGUCACCUUCAGCGAUAGAUCCCGGUUACUAUAAUAUGCGUGUCCGCCUGCACCUACAACAAAUCUUGAUCGUGCAGUUGCUUAGGGAGAAUGCUCACGCAGACAUGGAAUACAGAGGAACCAAGUUCUGGCUCAACCGUCUUUACGACGCUCUUUAUCCUCCUCAUCAUACGUUUGGUUCCAUUUCUCAUCUUGCACUGUCUACAAUUCCCGAAGCUUCAAAAGCAUUGAACGUUGUGAAAUAUUGGGUGCGAACAGUUGUUUAUGGUCGAGGGUUUCACCCCCAGAAGAACUUCCUCAUGGACGUGAUGCGGACAGCUACCUUGGCCUUCACGUUUGAUCGAAGUCAAGUAGGUUAUCUCAGAAAUGCUGCAUAUCUCCGUGAAAAACACCCUUCAUUCAUGUACAUUCGCCGGGGCAACGUCUUCACCCCUCGUGAUCUUCUGAAUUCGAUGUCGGGAUAUUACACAUGGUCUCUUACCGCUGGUUUUCUAUUUGUCGAGCACGUUGUGAAGCAAAGAUUGCCCAUCAACAUAGGUGAUCUGUGCGAUUUUGUGGAUUUUCUUUGUAGCUCUGUUAUUCUUUGCGGCCGUCGCUCGGGGAUGGCAUUGUCGCCUAAUGCAACGGUCCCUCGUAGCUGGCUCUUGCGCUUUGUGAGCUAUGAUUUUCCGUACUUCAAUGAAGGGAUGCAGACAAAUUAUUAUCGCAUCCUUCUGGAGCCUAUGCGGGAUCUCCUGGAACAACUGCGUGCCGGCCAAAGCUGUGAGCAUCUCUUGUAUGGGACUGGGAGAAAUCUUUCAAAUGUGCCAUACCGAGUUCGUCAAGUUUUCAUCGCAAGGAUAUUCAAGGCUAUUUGUCUAUUGGGCUACAACAUCGGCGAUGCGUUUCUCCGUAGCGAUAUCAGGCAGAAGAUAUUGUCUUUUCGCCAAGAACGUUCUCCCCUUUAUAAUCGGUACAUUAAUGCAGCCGGCCAUUCAUGGGAUGAACUUGCGAGGGCUAUUCGCCGCUCACUGAAAUACAACACCAUGGACGAGAUGAUACAUCUCGUUCACCGGAGCAGGGCUCCGGUAAAAAAGCCUGCCUUGCUCGGAGUCCGCCAGCUUGUCUAUAGCGACUUCACGGACAUCCAAGUGCAGCUUGGUCUCACUGUGUCUGCAUCCGUUCAGACUACCUCACCACAUAUUGAGGUUUCUGAGCAGGAGGAGCUGAAGCGCGAUGUUGAAGAGGAGGAAAUGGAAGAUAUACAAGAAGCUGAAGCCACCGAGGAGACUGUUGGUGACGAUGCUGUGGCCGUCGACGCCAUUCCAGCACAAGACAUGACAACCCCGGACCCUACGAAAAGAGAGAUCGCCGCUGCGUCCUUGAUUCAGCGGGUAUACAAGAAAGUCCUUGAUCAUCGACGAGGCAUUGCCAAGAGAGGGACAGCAGGCCUUCAUGCCCAAAUAUACGCCUCAUGCACCAAAGAAGUGUCUCGACUCGGUGAUAACCCGGGGUUAUAUGUUCGCUUGUUUCUAGGUCCGCUGCCGCACAUUUUAGUCUGUCUCGAGACAGUUCGUAUCGAUACCCUCAGUCAGAGUAAGAGCACGAAGGAUAAGCUCAAAGAGUGUUGUUAUAAUGAGUACGAUGCACUCGAUGACCUGUUAACACAGACCAACAAGGCGAACAAGACUGCAGUCAAACUACAAAAGCUUCUCAGCACGGAUUCUGUGUUCCACAAGCAUCGCGACAUCAAGGAACUCCAGAAACUAGUAGCAGAGGCCAACCAUCUGAUUUCGUCUCUCCCUUUCGAAACCUCCUCAGACUUAUCGGAUGACCUGCACCUCGCUGUCAGGGCGAUCGUGACUGAACGUUCAUCCGCAGGUCCUACGGAAAGAGAGAUCGCGGCUGCGUCCUUGAUUCAGCGGGUAUACAGGAAAGUCCUCCGUCAUCGACGAGGUGUUGCAGAGAGAGGGACAGCAGGCCUUCAGGAGCCAGAUGGCAAUGCAAACGAAGAAAAGGAAACGGAGAAUACACAAGAGGCUGAAGCUGUCGAGAAAACUGCCGGCGAAGAUGUUGUAGCUGUCGAUACCAUUCCGGCACAAGAUAUGACAAACCCGGAACCCACAGAAAGAGAGAUCGCCGCUGCGUCCUUGAUCCAGCGGGUGUACAAGAAAGUCCUCCGUCAUCGACGAGGUGUUGCAGAGAGAGGGACAGCAGGCCUUCACGCUCAAAUAUAUGCGUCGUGCAUCAAAGAAGUAUCUCAGCUCGGGAAUAACCCAGGGCUUUAUCUUCGCUUGUUUCUGGGACCGCUACCGCACAUUUUAGUCUGUCUCGAGACAGUUCGUAUCGAUACUCUCAGCCAGAAGAAGAAGACGAAAGAUAGGCUUAAAGAGUGUAGUCAUAGCGAGUACAAUGCACUCGAUGACUUGUUAACACAGACUAACAAGGCGAACAAGACUGCAGUCAAACUACAAAUGCAUCUCAACCCGGAUUCUGUGUUCCACAAACGUUGCGACGGCAAGGAACUCCGGAAACUAGUAGAAGAGGCCAACCGUCUGGUUUCUUCUCUCCCUUUCGAAAUUUCCUCAGACUUAUCGGAUGACCUACACCUCGCUGUCAAGGGGAUCGUAACUAAACAUUCAUAUGCAGGCAGACACACAAAGCCGAAGCUCAAUGUCGACGACUUGUAUUACUAA